CGUUCGACAGCUCCUUGCUCUGUUCUUAUGUUUAUUUUAUUUUUCAUUGGCAUCAGCACAGCGUCCGAACAUCGUGUUCAUUGUGGCUGAUGACUUAGGCUGGAAUGAUGUUGGUUUCCGGAAUUCCGACAUGAAGACCCCAAACAUCGACAAAUUGGCCACAGAAGGAAUCAUCUUCGAAAAUGCAUAUGUCCAGCCUCUGUGCAGCCCAUCCCGUACCGCCUUUAUGAGUGGAAUGUUUCCAUUCCAUGUAGGCAUGCAGCAUAAGACAGUGUUCCAUGCCCAAGCAGUGUGUGUGCCCCUCAACUAUACCUUCCUGCCUGAGAAACUGAAGAAACUCGGCUAUGCUACGCACAUGAUAGGAAAAUGGCACCUGGGUUAUUGCAAGUGGGAGUGCACACCGACGUACCGAGGCUUCGAUACUUUCUUUGGUUAUUAUAAUGGAGCUGAAGACUACUUCAAUCACACUGUUGGAGGGUACUUAGACUACAGGGACAAUCAGCGACCGGCAAGAAACUAUUCUGGAGAAUAUUCUGCUUUCACAUUCGCCCAGAGAGCCGUUGACAUCAUCCAUCGACAUAAUGUAUCACAGCCUCUAUUUAUGUAUCUCCCUUAUCAGAAUGUACAUGCUCCUAUGGAGGUGCCUAAGAAGUACGAGGACAUGUAUCUGAACGUGAUUAACAAAGGGCGAAGAAAGUUCAGCGGAAUGGUGUCUGCCCUGGAUGAGGCGGUUGGAAAUAUUACUCGGGCCCUGACGGAUCGGGGUUUGUUUGGAAAUACUCUGAUUCUAUUUACCACAGACAAUGGGGGCUAUAUAGAAAAGUAUGGCAACAACUGGCCUUUGAGAGGGGGAAAGUACACGAUCUGGGAGGGGGGAACGAGGGGGACAUCCUUCAUGUAUGGUGCUGGCCUCAAGAAGACAAGAACGACAUACGAUGGGAUGAUCCACGCCGUCGACUGGAAACCGACUUUAGUGUCUGCUGCUGGGGGAACUCCAGAAACUUUCAUUGAUGGAAUGAGUCACUGGGAUUCUAUUCGAAACGGGCUCCCUUCAUCAAGGACAGAGUUCAUCUACAACAUUGAUGACUUUCCAGUUCCAGUCGAAGGCCAUGCUGGGAUAAGACUAGGAGAUUACAAGCUGAUCCUCGGGUUCCCAGGAGGUCCGGAUGGCUGGCACAAACCCAUGAACGGAACCAAAGAUGACAAAUAUGAAGAGACAGUUUACAACACAGGAGAUGAACCAGUCCAUCUCUUCAACAUUCGCGAGGAUCCUACCGAGCACAACGACCUUGCACAGCAGAUGCCGGACAUAGUGGCGAAGUUGCGUGCCCGGUUUGAGGAAUACAAGAAGACGGUGGUGCCAGCCAAUUACCCCAGACCGGAUCCUGCAUCUGAUCCUAGAAAAUAUGGAUACGCUUGGACCCCCGGAUGGUGCUGAUCAGAUGUACUUGUAUCACUAUAUUAGUAUAAUAGUGUAAUAUGUAUUUCGUACGUGCAUAAACGAAAACUUGUCAACAAUCAAUAUCUGUGUUAUUUGUUGACGAAGUUCUUAUGAAAGCAUAGUGAUGGUUAGCGUGUUCUUUAUCAAUGACAAGGUUUACGCUUUUCCUGGAGCCUCCAGUUAUUUUCAAGCUAAUAUCAUGUCGGCCAAGACGUUAAACCAACGUUCAGUGAUGAUUAUCAGUCAUUGGUAUAAAUUCUAUUAAUGUGGACAUUUGGACAAUAUGAUGCAUCUUAUAUGUUUUCACCUAAAGAGUUUGCACAUAUUCAUGUAUAACGAUGACGGAGGAUUGUUCAUGUUAUAACAUGUGUUCACGUGUUUUGUUUUGUCAACAAUUGACUUGAAUUUGCGUUUGUUUGUGACCUGUGGGGCGGGAUACAUUCACGUUUUCGAGAACACCUGGUAUCGUCACUUUUUGACAGUGUUACCUCCACGUAUACUCGUGACGUGGUUUGAAUCGUACUCUCUGAUGACUAUGGUCAGGGUAUGGAGCUUGACAGCAGAUACUUCCAAAUAGUCCUUCACUGUUAGAACCCACUUCAAUCUUUAGAAAAUAUAGAUAUGCAUUAGAAACCAGCUUGUUCACAUGUGACACUCUAAUUCCAAUCAUAAAUAUGGUUCAGGCAGAGGAAGUGUUCAUAUAAACUAGUCAUACUGACAUGAAACAAUUCAAAGUUAUUAGUUAUUUCUAAGGGGGUUUCACAGGUCCCUGAUAUUUCUAGUUCAGGUGUUCUGAGAAGUACAGCACCAAUCAAGACAGUGAGUUUGAGAGUGAAUGGGUAGAGUCAUCUUCCGCACAUUAAAGAAAUCUUCAAGUUUCAUGUUUUUUUCAUGUUUCCACCGUGCACUGGUAGGGGGUAGGCUGGUUCGGGUGCCACUUGUAAAUUGUGUUUUCACAAUAAUUCACCAUAUACCUUGUCCAAGUUCCUUUGUCAAGUGGUAUACAUCU